GUUGCUAGGGCUCCCGUGGCUGCUGCAGCUCAGCCUUUCCAGCGCCUAGCGGGGGUGCCUUGGGUGCUGUUUCAGAGUGCCCGAAGGUGGAUCUUUCUGCUGUUCUGUGCCAUCAUGAGUAGCGAGUUCCUGGCAGAACUGCACUGGGAGGAUGGGUUCGCCAUUCCGGUGGCAAACGAGGAGAACAGGAGACUGGAGGAUCAGUUGUCAAAGCUGCAGGAGGAAAGAUCAAACUUACAAGAGCAGCUUCGUGACUAUGAAGAUCGAAUCAAUUCUAUGACUGCUCACUUCAAAAAUGUUAAGCAAGAGUUCUCAUUUACACAGUCUCUUUGCAAAGCCAGGGACAAUGAGAUUGAAAGUGAAGAACAUUUUACGAUUAUUGCUGAAAGAGAACUGGGAAGAGUGAAAGAGGAAAUCCAACGAUUGGAAAAUGAGAUGGCUUCAAUACAGGAAAAGAAAAGUGAUAAGGAAAACAGCAUAUUUAAAAAUACUCAAAAAUUGGAUGGUUUGAAAUGUCAAAUGAAUUGGGACCAGCAAGCUCUGGAGGCCUGGUUAGAAGAAUCAGUUCAUAAAGACAGUGAUGCCCUCACUCUUCAGAAGUAUGCACAACAAGAUGAUAAUAAAAUUAGGGCACUAAAUUUGCAAUUAGAAAAACUGACGUUGGAAUGUAAUCAGAGAAGAAAGGUGCUUGAUAAUGAACUUACAGAGACUUUAAGUGCACAGUUAGAAUUGGAUAAAGCAGCACAAGAUUUCCGUAAGAUUCAUAAUGAAAGACAAGAACUCAUUAAACAGUGGGAGAACACAAUAGAACAGAUGCAGAAGAGAGAUAAAGACAUAGAUAACUGUGCCUUGGAAUUAGCAAGGAUAAAACAGGAAACAAGAGAAAAAGAGACUUUGGUUAAGGAAAAGAUCAAGUUUUUGGAAAGUGAGAUUGGGAAUAACGCAGAGUUUGAGAAAAAAAUUUCUCUUGCUGAUCGUAAAGUUUUAAAAUGUAAAGUGGAAUAUCAGCUCCAUGAAACUACUAGAAGUCAGCUGAAGGAUGAGCUGGAUACCUUAAAAGUCACUGUGAAUAGAAGUUCCAGUGAUUUAGAAGCUCUAAGGAAAAAUACUUGCAAAGUAAAGAAGGAUAUUCAGGAAGAAACAGCAAGGUUACACAAAAUUAAAAAUCAUAAUCAGAUUAUUAACAAAAAAUUAAAGCAGAUAACUGAGCAAACUAUGUCUGUUGAAGAGAAAGCAACCAACUUGGAAGAUAUGUUAAAAGAGGAGGAAAGAAGUACAAAGGAAGUGGAAGUUCAAUUGAACAUAUUGAAAGGUGUGCUGUUUAAGAAAGUUCAGGAAUUACAGACUGAGACAAUGAAAGAAAAAGCUGUUGUAUCUGAAAUUGAAGGAACCCGUUCCUCUCUAAAGCACCUCAACAAUCAGUUACAUAAACUGGAUUUUGAAACCUUGAAGCAGCAAGAAAUUAUGUACAAUCAGGAUUUUUAUAUUCAACAAGUGGAACGUCGAAUGUCACGGUUAAAGGGAGAUAUUAAUUCAGAAGAAAAACAAGCUCUUGAAGCAAAAAUUGUUGAACUUAAGAAGACAAUGGAGCAGAAAAAAUCCACAUUUGAACUUUUGGAAGUACAGAUCAAAAAACUUCAGAAUGAUCUUUACUUCAUCAAGAAGUCAAAUGGCAAAAAUUGUGAUGAAACACAGUCCCUCUUGAGCAAAAUAAAUGAACUAAACCUUUUCAAUGACAGAUCAGAGAAGGAACUUAAGAAAGCCAAAGCUGUUAAACAGGAUUUGAUGAUAGAAGACAAUCUUUUGAAACUUGAAGUUAAACGUACUCGAGAAAUGCUUCACAGUAAGGCAGAAGAAGUUCUUUCUCUGGAAAAAAGAAAGCAGCAAUUACAAACAGCUAUGGAAGAACGAACUGAAGAAAUUAAGGUUCACAAAGCAAUGCUUACAUCACAAAUAAGAUACGUUGAUCAAGAACGGCAAAACAUAAGUGCUGAGUUUCAUGAGCGACUAAGUAAAAUUGAUAAGCUGAAGAAUCGAUAUGAAAUUCUUACUGUUGUUAUGCUGCCUCCUGAAGGAGAAGAGGAGAAAACACAGGCCUAUUAUGUAAUCAAGGCUGCUCAAGAAAAAGAAGCGCUUCAAAGGGAAGGUGACAGUUUGGAUGCUAAAAUCAAUAAAGCUGAAAAAGAAAUUCAUGCGCUGGAAAACACCUUGCAAGUGCUGAAUAGCUGCAACAAAAAUUACAAACAAUCUUUAAAAAAAGUGACCCCAUCUAGUGAUGAGUAUGAGCUAAAAAUCCAACUGGAAGAACAAAAAAGAGUCGCUGAUGAAAAAUACAGAUACAAACAAAGACAAAUCAGAGAACUACAGGAAGAUACCCAGAGCAUGGAAAAUACUUUAGAAGUUAUAGAACAUUUAACAAAUAAGGUCAAGGCAAAGUUAUCAGAGAAGCAGGCUUAUUCAUUUCAACUAAGUAAAGAAACUGAGGAGCAGAAACCAAAAUUAGAGAGAGUAACGAAACAGUGUGCAAAACUCACCAGUGAAAUCCGUCUUUUGAAAGACACAAAAGAUGAAACACUAGAAGAAAAAGACAUCAAACUUCGUGAAGUGAAACAGUUUCACAAGAACAUUGAUGAAAUGCUAAUUGAUGUCAUACAAGAAAAUGCUGAAAUCAGUAUUAUCCUUCAAACCCACUUUCAGCAGAAUGGUUUGGAACUACCUGUACCUAGGACUAAACGUAGUCUUCAGAGUUCUAGAUCUCCUUCACAGACUUCACUGAUAUCAGCAAGGUCAUCUAGGAGUUCCACAAGUACUUCUGGUUCUCAGACUUCCAUUAAAGUAUUAGACCUGAAUUUCCCAGACUCCUUUUCAGAAGUUGGCAGCCAUUCUAGGCCAGCUAGUUCUAGCAGUAUUCCCAGUAAUGGUAAAAACAAAAAGGGCAGCAAAUAAACAUUUUAAUCUUUCUUUUGAACAAGUUGCAAAAACAAAGCCAAAAUCUCACGUUAAAUUAGCAAAUCCCACUCUGUGCUUUAGUGUGCUGUUUACAAUGAUAUAUAAGAAAGGAUUAUUGAAAUAGUGUUCAAAAUAGGGAAUGGCCAGAUAAAAAGUUUUAUCUAGUGGAAAAUAUGAAAAUUGAGAGUUUAAAAAAACCCAACUCAACAAUUUGAAUAAAGCCAAAGAAAUGUUUAAUUUUCUUAGUUUUUUUCCUAUUUUCUUCACAUAGAAAAGUAGAUUUUUACAAGGCUGCAUGUUAUACAAGCAGAGGGAAAAUACCUUUUUACUGCUCUACUGGUAUUUGUUGUAUUAGAAAAUAGUUUGCUCAUUAUUUUAUGCUAGCUAUGAAAGUACUCACUUAUAAUGUAAUUGAGUCUUUCUGGAAAAAAAAUUUCUGAAGACCCAUUACAUUAUCAAGAUUUUGAAACAGUGAAGUUCUUGAAAUUAGGUUUUCUUUAUUGAAAGAAACAAAUUUCCCAGACUUCUGGGGGAAAAAACCUGGUAGUAUAGUUCUUUGGUAUAAUUUAAAAAUUUUCAACCAAAGAAAUACUAUGUAUCAGAACUGCAGCUGAAAUUUCUACGAAUUACUUUAAUCUUGAAAAAAAGUUAAGCACAUAAUGAUUUUGUUCUGAAAAUAAGACAACCAAGCAUAAAGAAUGCAUUAAAAAUUUUUCUUGACCUAAUAAACAAUUUAAAGAAAACUGGUAUGAUCUGAUUUUCAAUAGGAGUCCCCUAAUUUAUUGGUAGACUGCCAGUUUUAGUUCUUUGUAACAAGUGCCCAACACUUGGAGCUCUUGCAAUAGUGUGCAGUAGGAUUGUUACAAAGCUAUUUUUCAAACAAAUGAACCUAGAAAUCUGACUGCAGAAUUGAGGCUACUAUAAGGGGAAGGUAAGAAUAUGGGUGAUCUGGUGGUAGGUAUGAUAUAGUGAUGUACAUUUGAGAAGAUGUUAACUUAUUCCCCUGAAUCAUGUUAUUAAGCAAUGUUGCCUCAAUAAAAAAACAAAAAAAUUAAUCAUGGGUCACUGAAUGCCUUUAACUCA